AUGUCCAACGAACGUGGAAAGCAGCCGUGCGGAUUCUUCAACACUCCUAAAGGGUGCCAUUAUGAUCAGGACUGCAAGUUUAUCCACGAAAGAGUCGGGAGUCCAACACCUUCGUCAUCGUCAACUACGGUGCAUUCUCCCAGACCAUCAAGCAGGUCUGGCGGAAUCACAGCUGGUCAGGGGAACUGCGAGUUCUUUUGGACUUCAGGUGAAUGUCAACGAGGAUUCGCCUGUACAUUCCGCCAUGUUCCCCAGCCACAGACUCAGAAUGCUGUAAAGGCCCCUCUAGCGACGUCCUCAGCGGAAUCUGGCACUCUCGACUUCCUGACGACCAAAGGACUAGCGGGAAUUGACAACAUUUCCUUGGACAAGUUACAUACAAUGGGUCCGACGGAGGCACAUGACAUGCUCAAGAUAUUCAAUAGUCCGACGUUCCAGUUCACAAGCACGGAUCGAGUCAUUCAGUUCGCCCAGAUUCUAGCUAGCGUUAAUUGCCGAAAUUCACAAUGGGAUACGAUUCAGGCGCAGUCAUUUCUUGAAAUGAUAGUUGACAUGAAGCACCAUGUCCUCGCUCGCAUCCGCGAAGUCUUACAAUACUCCCCUAUUGCGUGUCGCGUCGGUACAGGCUUCACCAACCUUUCAUUUCAAAUUGGAUACUUCCCACUUCUUCAGUUCUUUUGUUCAGACCUCAUCCUGAAAACCAAUAUCCACCAUAAUAUUAACACCUUGUACAGCACCCUGAAUAGUGGCCUCGAUUAUAUGCUCGACGUCGUUUCUUCAUGCAUGGAACAAAUGAUCCAGAAUCGAUCUUGGAAGGAUCCUACACCAGCCCUCCCUGCCGCGCGGCAAAACAACCUUUCGGGAGUGGUCGUUUUCGGCACGAUCACCGCCCUGCUUACUCAAUAUUUUCAGCGUUUCAAACAUGCUAUAAAUAAUCAUCCAGACAUCGUCGCAUUCGUUGGCAACCUUGUUCAGUGGUAUGAUGAAUGGGCGAGACUGAUUGCAACGUCGAGCUUUGAUGAUUCCAUUGACCCAGUUGUUCAGCUAUUGGCCUUGGAACAAAUCAAAGAGUCUAUCAUUAGACUGGACGCAAUAGUAAAUCGAGAGCACGCAAAUGUGGAGAGAAAACGAAGACCAGUGCAACCACAAGGUCUAAGAGAAGAGCAUCGAUCUGAAGCAUUGCGGGCUCGUCUUAUUCAGACUUAUGACGGUCCCAGUGCCCUUCAUUUUCUUGGUCCUCGUCAUAGCAAUGAUCACUCUGACAUAGCCAACAUACAUAUCGUCCCUACCCAUGACGAAAUGAUCUCUGCUAGCCGUCCAUACAUUCCUGUCAACCGUCCGGACGCCCCGCAUCAUUUGGCUCCGAAUUCAAUGGAACGGCAUCUGGACAUUCAGUUCCGUCUCUUGCGUGAGGAACUCGUUGCUCCCAUCCGCGCAUCUAUAUCUACUCUUCAGCUUGACUUCGAUGCCAUGCAAGCACCAGCUACAAGACGUAAAACGCAACCAACUCGAUUGGAAAAGUUACUUAAGGCAAGGGGAGGCAUGUAUCGGUCCGUUGGAUGUAACUCGACUAUGUUCCAUAUCUACACAAAUGCGGAAUACUCUCUUCUUCAAGCUGAGCGACGUGGCUUCACGGUCGGUCUUGUUGUCGAUGCGCCUCCCUCAGACCGUGCUCGACACUCUGAUCCCAAAGUCAGAAAAGACUUCUGGGAACAUGCUGGCUCACGACGUCUCAGCGCCGGCAGCCUCGUCGUUUUAGUCGUCGCACAUUCGGGUCGUCUAAAGAUCUAUGUUGGCAGUGUGUCUUCAUCGACAGAUGACAUCAUCGAGUCGUCGAAGGUCCACGAGAGCCGCAUUGAAGUUCGCAUCAAAUUUUUUGAUCCUGACGUAGAACUUGGCGCCCUUCGACAGGAAAAGAUCACUAUUGAUCAGCAUCGAUUCGCGUUCUUGGUGGAUAACAAUAUUAUGUUCGAAUCUAUCAGACCCUUUUUGGAGAAAUUGCGUUCCGUGGAACCUACCUCCAUUCCAUUUUCCAAAUAUAUUUGUGGGGGGUCCCUGGGGAGAAUUGCGGUUGCGCCUCCGAAAUACAGCCGACAGCCAUCUUUCCGAUAUAACCUAGAAUGUCUAUCGAAAGACAGAACCAGGGAGUAUGUCCAUCCAUUGAAUGUAACCGACCCUCUAUCAAUCCAGACAGCACGACUGCAGUUGAAGUCGUCAAGCUUUUUAGACCCCGGUCAAUGUGACGCGGUAGUUGACGCUUUGACACAGGAGAUUGCUCUAAUUCAAGGACCUCCAGGUACCGGAAAGAGUUUUACCGGCAAAGAGUUGCUUCGGGUCUUAUUCGCCAACAAGGUCAAGCCUGUUGUGAUGAUCGCUUUCACAGAUCAUGCACUGGAUCACAUGCUGCUCUCGCUGUUGGACGCGACAAUCACGACAAACCUUGUUAGGUUGGGAUCUCGGUCCUCGGACGAACGUAUCAAUGAAUAUACCUUGGACAAGCUGGAGAGGACGAGGGAUGGUGCUUCACCGCUGGAUCAGAUUGUGGGCAAGGAGCGUCUUUCAAUGCACCGGCUAGAGGACGAGAUGAGAAUAAUUCUACAGCAUAUCCAGAUGCCGUCACACACCUGGGAGACCGUAGCCAACUAUUUGCAGGAGACCUUCCCCAAUCAUCUUGUCUCGCUCGUAAACCCUCCUUUCUGGUUUGGUAAACUGGCAGAAAAGCAGAUAAUCAUGGACUCGAAGAAGAACGGCCGUGAUGUCGACAUCACGAAUAGACAGGAUAUCUCGUUUAUACAGCCUCCACAGCAUACUGCGAAGUCAUCUAAAGGGAAGAAGCAGCAAGGACAGGCAAUCCUUGCGGCGGAGCUCCAGCAGGAUUAUCUGGCAUGCAUGAACAACUUUUUUGUACCAUUGGGAUUCCCAGAGGGCAUGGUUCCACCUCUGGAUGAGCUCCUGGUUAUUGAUACCAUCUGGUGUAUGUCUAUCGAAGAGAGACAAACACUGUCGGCAUUCUGGGAGGAGAAAAUGAGGGCCUCUGCAUAUAACGAGCACAGACAGGAUUACGAAGAAUGCCGAGAAGAGUAUGAAGCUGCUUGUAAGCGAUUAAGUGAUGCAGAAGAUGAGAGUCGACGGCAAUUGCUAUCAAGAAUCGAUCUUAUUGGGUGCACUACUGAUAGUGCGGCUAAACUUACCUCGCUUUUGUCGACCAUAGCACCUAAAGUUUUGAUGGUGGAAGAGGCAGGGCACGUUUUUGAGGCACAUAUCUUGUCUUCUCUUGUGCCAUCAAUACAACAUCUUAUUUGUAUAGGUGAUCCGCAGCAACUUCGUCCUACCUUGGCCAAUUUUUCUCUCUCUAUGGACAGUGAACAAGGCUGUGAAUUGUACAAAUUUGACCGUUCUUUGAUGGAAAGACUGGCAGAUGAUGGGUUCCCAAUGUCCCAACUCAACAUUCAACGGAGGAUGCGUCCAAGCAUUUCCCGCAACAUCCGGAAAAUUCUGUAUCCCAACUUGGAGGAUCACGACCUUGUCAAGAAGUAUCCUCCUAUUCAAGGGAUGGAACAUAACCUUUUCUUUUUUACCCACACGAAUCAGGAAAAAGUUGUAGGUGAAAACCCGGUAUCCGAAGUUAACAUGUUCGAAGUCAAAAUGAUUGUUGAUCUCGUUGUGUACUUCCUGAAGCAGGAGGCUUAUAGCUUCCCUGGAGAUAUUGCUGUUCUUUGCGCGUAUUUGGGCCAGUUACGAGAGCUUAGAUCCGCCUUGAACUCCCUCAAAGUUGCCGUUUCUGUCGAUGAACGUGAUCAGGAGCCACUGGCAAGAGAGGAAAUAGAUGGAGAAGGGUAUAUGGAACAAGUUACCGUGUCCGAGCAUGUUCGACUAGGCACGGUUGAUAACUUCCAGGGCAAGGAAGCAAAAAUCGUCAUUAUUUCUCUUGUCGGAAAUUCUGGAUCGUUCGAUAAUGAUGAAUCAAUUGGCCUCCUGAAGUCUUCCAAUCGAAUCAAUGUUGCUCUUUCGCGUGCUCAGCAUGGACUGUAUAUCCUUGGAAAUGCUUCUAACCUUCGUCAAAAUCCGACCUGGAAGACUAUCAUAGACGAAAUGGGCCAACGAGACCAGAUCGGGUUUGGAUUUCCCGUGAUAUGCCCUCGUCACCCAAGUCAGAGGAAUAUAAUUACUACUCCGGGUCAACUCAGUGCUGUAGCACCAGAAGGUGGUUGCUGCUUGCCUUGUGAUUAUCGUAUGGACUGCGGCCACAAGUGUCCUUCUAUGUGCCAUCUCGAUCUCGAUAAUCAUCGCAGUAUGCGGUGCGAUAUGCCAUGUCUCCGAACCCCAUGUCCUCGGAUGCAUCCGUGCCCUAAGAAUUGCUCGGAUGAAUGUGGCCCGUGCGAAUUUCCACUUUACAAUGUUGCACUACCUUGCGGCCAUAAAGCAUCGAUUCCAUGCCACCAAGCGGAAAACCUGUCUUCAGUUUUCUGUCGCGAAGAGGUCACAAAACAGUUGUCGCUUUGUGAACAUGAAGCAAUUAUGUGCUGUUCCGACGAUCCCCAGAAGCACAAAUGCCUCAAGGCUUGCGGAGGAACUAUGUCGUGCUGCGAAGAGACGUGCAAGUCCUUUUGUGGGGACUGCACGGAACUUACUCUGCCAGGAGCUCGAGGGAUCCAAGUAUUUCUCGGUGUUCAAAUCAAACGCAUCUUGCACAAGUCACAUCAAUGCGAGCGCCUCUUAUUCUGUCAGCACAAAUGUGGUCUUGACUGUUCUCGAGACCAUGAGUGUAAUACCUCGUGUGCGCUGGAAUGUCGUCAACAUUGCUCUCACUACAAGUGUCCCAAACCAUGUGCUCAGGACUGUGCACCUUGUGCCGAACCAUGCGAUUGGAUCUGUCCUCAUUUUCGCUGUCCAGUUCUAUGUGGAUCGAUAUGUGCACGUCUACCUUGUGAUGAACCAUGUCACAGUGUUCUUCAGUGUGGCCAUAUCUGCUCUUCAGUAUGCGGUGAGCCAUGCCGUCAGCAGAAGUGCAUCGAAUGUCUUCCCGACGAAGACAAAUUGGACAUCGUAGAUUUUGUCAUGCAGCGGACACUGGCAGAUAUACGUAUUGGAUCGGAGGAUAUCAGCGAAAGAUUGAUUACUUUAAAUUGCGGACACAUCUUCACAGUGGGGACAUUAGAUGGUCAUUGUCAAAUGACCGACUAUUACGAGGUCGACGCACUGGGUUCCUACACGGGUAUGAAAGCUCCUCCCGCCGAAUUUCAGCGACCACCCAGCUGUCCUGCCUGCCGGGCACCCAUUACAGCUCGGCGGUACGGAAGGAUCCUCAAGCGAGCGAACCUCGACAUUUUGGAGCAGAAUGUGGCCAGUAUGAUGUCUCAACGUCUGGUCGAGGUCGUCUCACACGUUGAGACCUUCAGCAAUGGUCUGGCGGGGGUGGAAGCUUUGGCUAAAGAACUAAAAGCUGCGCCGGACUUCGAGUGUUAUCCUGCGGAUGAGUUCGAGGACCUAGUCGAAAGAUGGAAAGGCUUUAUGACUGAGAAGGCAGACGAAGUCUUAAGCCAUGAUGUUUUCACUGCUAGGUCUAUGGUUACUCUCCAUGGUUUGUCGGACUUCGAGGCCAAAACAUGGAUGGCUAUUAUUGGAGAUUUCCACGCAAUCUACAAAAGGGUAGCUAACAUUACGAAGACGCGGUCCAUCCACGUGCGCGCUUACGAAUCCGCUCUUUCUACUCUCUACCGUUUGGAACUUGGACAUCUUGUUGCCGAACCACCGUCGAAAACACUCCAGGAGCCCCUAAAAAAUAUUGCAAUGCGCAAUGUUGACCAGAAGAUCGGGCAACCUCCUCAUAAGGCCGAUCGUCGUUAUCAUCUCGAAGCAUUCAUAUUAUCUGUCGAGUUGAGGCUCAUGUUAGGAAGCAUCGCCCGUUCUCGGUUUGAGGCACUUCCAAUGAUUUCCGACGAACCUGCAGCUCUUCAUCAUAAAUCAUGCGUUGUCGACUGUCGAAAGGCUAUCACCAUCGCUCACGCAACUUCUUCACCACGUCUGGCUGCUCGUUCCACCAGCUUGAUGCUCUGUUCAGAGUUUGAACAGCAUGCGCUCAAAAGUGCGGAAGUCCAAGCCGACAAGAAGAAGCUGAAUAACCGUUUGAGAGAGCUUGAACGGUCAUACUUCGCAAGCCGUCCGUCGGGUGAUCGUCGAUGGUUCCAUGGGAAUUGCGGCGCCAAAGUCAUGCGCUGCAUUGCAGAAUGCGGGAAAUUGGAAGAUCACCUUAUGAAGGACACCGAGAAACAAGACAUCGUGAAAUCCUUUGGGUUUUCGCAUCGAGGUCAUUUCUACAACUGCAUAAAUGGUCACACGUUCGUUAUCACAGAGUGCGGCGCAGCGCUCCAGGCUAGCCAAUGUCCCGAAUGUAAAGCUCCGAUAGGCGGUAGAAACCACGUUCUUGACCCCUCCAAUACCCGCGCUCGAGAAUAUGAAGACAUGUCACAGCAGCAAAGUGGGCCUGCAGACCCGUGGGCAUGA